CUGCUCCUGCUGCAAUUUUAAUUAUUUCUGUCUGCCGUUUGCUAGGCUAGCUAAUCUGUCUGCUUCAGACUUCAGAUUUUAGAUUUUUAUUCAAUUCAUACUUAUAUUAAAUAAUUGUAUUAGUUCAUAGUUCAGUCUUGGCUCUAGAUUUAAAAAAUGUAUUAUGUUUUGAAUUAGUAUAUUAGUAUUUUGGCAUUUUCUUUAGGUUUUGCCUCUAAUAAUGGCAUCGUUACUUGGUAGGCCAACUAAAACUUUGAUUUGCAGCCACAAGUUUACAUCAUUUUCAUUACAAAACAGAAGAGAUUUCAAGUCUGCUUUGAAAAUAAAAUGGGUUAGACCAGAACCUGUACCUUUUAAUGACCCGAAGAUGACUGGAGAUUUGGCUACUCUUGGUACAAUGGAAAUGACACAAAUCCCUUCACUAUGGAGAGACUCCACAGAACUUCAGAGUGCUGAUGAGAACAUCAAACGUAUUCACACCUUGGAAUUUUUACGUCGGCCAUUUCUGAAGGAAGAGUUUAUGCAUCAAUAUGUGAAUAGAGUUAAGUCCCAUCAACUUGAUGACAAUUCACCUGAAGUGAAAAUUGCCAAGAUAACUGUGAAAAUAAGGAAUCUUCAGAUUCACAUGGCCCAGUUUCCAAGAGAUAUAAAAAGUAAAGUAUGUUUAAAAGAAUUCAUCGACAGAAGGCAUAAACUGUUGGAGCAACUCAAACAUCAAGACUACAAGAAGUACGAAUGGAUUCUGGACAAACUUGAUUUGGAGCACAAAGUGUACAAGUUUGGCGCCGAAAAGCGUGUGGAGCGGAAGGAAUCCCUACGCAGAUUGACAGCAUUGUACAUUGAAAAAGUGAAGGUCGUACGUUUACAAGAAUAUAAGGAACUGCUAGAGUCUCAACAGGAGGGAUUCCUGAAGGAGAAAUUGGAGAAGCUUAUCUGGAUGAAAAAAACAGAAGCCGAGUGUGGUGCGGAACAAACUGUAACAGACGAGGAUAUUGAAUCUGUGCGCAAACAGUUGCAGGAACUGCAAGUGGUCAAACCUAAAGAAAUUAUGGAAUAAAUAUGUGUACAUUGGUUAAA